GCUCCGUGGCGGCGCUCGCUUCAGACGCUGUAUAUCUCUUUCGUUUUUCCAGCCACGGAAAUCGGUGAACCGAUCUUUCUAUAGUUCGGAGAUAGGUCGCGUUUAUCUGUACUUUUACCGCGGAUGCACGUGAACCCAGUCACAAUUUAGCCUAGACAAAACAAGAAACCUUGCGGAGUGAAUCUAUUGGGACUGCUGCUGUGCAUUCGGACCACCAAGAGGAUCCUUCCUCUGCGCGAUAUUUUCCUCCAAUUUGGAGAGAAGGGUGUUAGUUUUCGAAGUGAAAUCUCAACAGUUGGUUUACUUUUGGUACUCAUAGCGCGUUGGUCUAGUUUGUCACACACUUCACGUCAAGUUGCUGAUAUCUAAAACAAAAGGAAACGCUAUAAAGUGCCACGAUCAAGCCCGUCUCUGUGCAAUGCCACAGUUGUCACAUCGGAGCCCAGAUGAGGAAAAAACAAAACCGUAGGCUAUAGCUUGCACUUCUACAGCACGCAUAUUUGCGCCGAUCGCAUAGUGGUAAAUCCCAUCUCACGGAUUUCUCCCCCCAUCUCAAAGGCACAAUAUCAAUAUAGGCACUGAUUUUUUUGUUGUUGGUGUGUGUGGUUUUUCGGUGUCAAACUGUACGCCUACUCACUGAAAGACCUUUUGCACUACCCAGCUCUGACAGAAGCGGAAGAAGACUGAGAUACGGGAUAGUAGUGUGAUUGUGUGUGUUGGUGAGUUGAGGAGAGGAGCGCUCACUUAACCAUCUCCUGCCGUCUGGUUGUCAUGUAGGCUACCUGACCGCCUGACUGCCCUCAGCAUCCGGUUUUGUGGAACAGAAGAAGUGGUCAACGGAUCAUGACUCCACUGUUUCCUUGGUAACUAAUAUGCACUUCCGGGUCCAGACGCUCGUCCACUGAUGUUCAUCUCCCACACCUGGCAGAGAGACCACCACUCAAUACUACUACAAUACCCACAUUUCCUGUCUGCACAAAGUAAGGACUUAGGUGUUGAAGCCCUUAGGUGACUUGGACUUCCUUGUUGUACUAUUUAACUAUUUCCGCACUACUAGCCAGUUCUUAGUUUACAACUGUCACGCACAGUGAUCUUCGAGAGACGGUAGAGGCAGUGAGAGACAGUCGGCGAGUAAAGGGAGAUAAACAAUCAAACAACGACAAAAUGGCCAACAACACGGCGGACCACCCUCCGGGGAACUCUGUCGCCGAUGGCAACCAGGAGGGGGACUUUGGCAUCACGGUGAUGGACCUCCGAGAGCUGAUGGAGCUGAGGAGUGGAGAGGCCGUCACCAAGAUAGCCGACUCCUACGGAGACGUGCAGGGAGUCUGCCGCAGACUCAAGACAUCGCCCAUUGAGGGUCUGUCUGGUAACCCAGUGGAUCUGGAGAAGCGCCACGCGGCAUUUGGGAAGAACUUCAUCCCUCCUAAAAAACCUAAGUCCUUCCUGGCGCUGGUGUGGGAGGCCCUACAGGAUGUUACUCUCAUCAUCCUGGAGAUUGCUGCCGUAAUCUCCCUGGGCCUGUCCUUCUACCACCCCCCUGGGGGAGAUAGCGAGCUGUGUGGUGAGACAGCGUCGGGAGUGGAGGAUGAGGGGGAGGCGCAGGCGGGCUGGAUCGAGGGCGCCGCCAUCUUGUUCUCCGUGGCAAUCGUUGUCUUGGUGACAGCAUUUAAUGACUGGAGCAAGGAGAAGCAGUUCCGCGGGCUGCAGAACCGCAUCGAGCAGGAGCAGAAGUUCACCGUCAUCCGCAAAGGCCAGGUCAUCCAGAUCCCCGUGUCCGAACUGGUGACGGGAGACAUCGCCCAGAUCAAAUAUGGUGACCUGCUGCCAGCUGAUGGUAUCCUGAUCCAGGGCAACGACCUGAAGAUCGAUGAGAGCUCACUGACCGGCGAAUCAGACCAAGUCAGGAAGUCACUGGAGAAGGACCCCAUGCUGCUGUCCGGCACCCAUGUGAUGGAGGGAUCAGGCAGAAUGGUGGUGUCUGCGGUGGGUCUCAACUCCCAGACUGGAAUCAUCUUCACUCUGCUGGGGGCGGGAGACAGCGACGAGGAAAAGAAGAUCAAGAAAGCUAAGACCCAGGACGGCAUUGCCCUGGAGAUCCAGCCCCUGAAGAGUGACGAGGCGGUUGAGUCUGAGGAGAAGGAGCCUGAGGUGGAGGUGAAACGGGUGAAGAAGGUUCAGGUCAACAAGAAGGAGAAGUCUGUGCUGCAGGGCAAACUCACCAAACUAGCCGUGCAGAUCGGGAAGGCAGGUCUGAUCAUGUCAGCUCUGACGGUUAUCAUUCUCAUCCUGUACUUCGUGAUUGACACGUUCGGGGUGCAGGGUCGCCCAUGGCUGAAGGAGUGUACCCCCAUCUAUAUCCAAUACUUUGUCAAGUUCUUCAUCAUCGGAGUCACUGUUCUGGUGGUGGCUGUACCUGAGGGGCUGCCCCUAGCCGUCACCAUCUCUCUGGCCUACUCUGUCAAGAAAAUGAUGAAGGACAAUAACCUGGUGCGUCACCUGGAUGCGUGCGAGACCAUGGGGAACGCUACCACCAUCUGCUCUGACAAGACAGGCACCCUCACCAUGAACCGUAUGACCGUGGUGCAGGCCUACUUGGGAGACACACACUACAAGAAAGUACCGGAACCCGACGUCAUCAAACCAUCCACACUGGAAGUCCUGGUCAACAGCAUCGCCAUCAACUCAGCCUAUACUACUAAGAUUCUGUCCCCAGAGAAGGAGGGAGGUCUGCCCCGCCACGUUGGCAACAAGACGGAGUGCUCCCUAUUGGGCUUUGUGCUGGAACUGAAGAGAGACUACCAGCCAAUCAGGGACGAGAUUCCUGAAGAGAAUCUGUACAAGGUGUACACCUUCAACUCGUCCCGUAAGAGCAUGAGCACGGUGCUGAAGAACACAGACGGUAGUGGCUUCCGCAUGUACAGCAAGGGAGCUUCCGAGAUCGUCCUACGCAAAUGUUCUCAUAUCCUGAACACGAACGGGGAGCCACGUAUCUUCAAGCCUAAGGACCGUGAUGAGAUGGUGAAGAACGUGAUUGAGCCCAUGGCCUGUGACGGUCUGAGGACAAUCUGUGUGGCCUACAGGGACUUCCCUGCCGAGGCAGGAGAACCAAACUGGGACAACGAGGCCGACAUCCUUGAUGAGCUCACCUGCAUCUGUGUGGUCGGCAUCGAGGAUCCCGUCAGACACGAGGUACCUGAUGCCAUCCUCAAGUGCCAGAAGGCCGGCAUCACCGUGCGCAUGGUUACCGGGGACAACAUCAACACUGCCCGCGCCAUAGCAACUAAGUGUGGCAUCCUGUUGCCGGGUGAGGACUUCCUGUGUCUGGAGGGCAAAGAGUUCAACCAGCUGAUCCGUAACGACCAGGGAGAGGUGGAGCAAGAGCGUCUGGAUAAGGUGUGGCCCAAGCUGCGUGUGCUGGCUCGCUCCUCUCCCACUGACAAACACACUCUGGUCAAAGGUAUCAUGGACAGCACCGUCCUCGAGACACGACAGGUGGUGGCUGUGACAGGCGACGGAACUAACGAUGGCCCCGCCCUAAAGAAGGCUGAUGUCGGAUUCGCUAUGGGUAUUGCCGGUACAGAUGUGGCUAAGGAAGCAUCUGACAUCAUUCUGACUGACGAUAACUUCACCAGCAUCGUCAAGGCUGUGAUGUGGGGCCGCAACGUCUACGACAGCAUCUCCAAGUUCCUCCAGUUCCAGCUCACUGUCAACGUGGUGGCCGUCAUCGUGGCCUUCACUGGCGCCUGCAUCACACAGGACUCUCCUCUGAAAGCAGUGCAGAUGUUGUGGGUUAACCUGAUCAUGGACACCCUGGCAUCCCUGGCUCUGGCCACCGAGCCCCCCACCGAGUCCCUGUUGCUGAGGAAGCCGUACGGCCGCAACAAGCCCCUGAUCUCCCGCACCAUGAUGAAGAAUAUCCUGGGUCAUGCCGUCUACCAGCUCACCAUCAUCUUCACCCUGCUGUUCGCUGGAGAGAACUUCUUUAACAUCGACAGCGGGCGCAACGCGCCUCUUCACGCACCACCGUCAGAGCACUACACCAUCGUGUUCAACGUGUUCGUCAUGAUGCAGCUGUUCAACGAGAUCAACGCCAGGAAGAUCCACGGAGAGAGGAACGUCUUCGAGGCCAUCUACCGUAACCCCAUCUUCUGUAGCGUGGUUAUGGGAACCUUCAUCCUGCAGAUUGUCAUUGUCCAGUUUGGAGGAAAGCCCUUUUCCUGCACAGCUCUGAGCAUCGACCAGUGGCUCUGGUGUGUCUUCAUUGGAGUGGGAGAGCUGCUCUGGGGACAGCUGAUCACAGCCAUCCCCACCCACCGCCUGAAGUUCCUGAAGGAGGCUGGCCACGGCACCCAUAAGGAGGAUGUUCCCGAAAACGAGAUGAACGAGGGGGAUGAUGAGAUCGACCAUGCUGAGAUGGAGCUCCGUAGGGGACAGGUCCUCUGGUUCAGGGGACUCAACCGCAUCCAYACUCAGAUUAAGGUGGUCAAUGCGUUCCGUAGCUCCCUUUACCCGGGGCUAGAGAACCCAGAAUCCAGAAACUCCAUCCAUAACUUCAUGGCCCACCCUGAGUUUGUCCCCCUGUCUGAGGAGGAGGCGCAGAUCCCUGAGAGAGAGGAUUCCAGCAGCGAUGAGGUGGAUAUGGAGAUCCAGCCCAUCCCCAGCUCCUCGACUGGGAGGGGAGAAGCUCCAGACGUCAGCCAUGAGACCUCCUGCUGAUCACCUCCUCUCUUCUCRGCUCUGAUCUAUCCAUCCACCCCUGUCGGCCAGCUGGCUUCCCCCCUGCAGUUCCUCUCCUCCACCAUGAAGGAGGACCAGCGGUGCGCCCCUCAGAUCCUUAGACUCAUCCCACAGAGGGUGCACCCAGAGUGGGCAAGGGGUCCCGGUGCCAGCGCCUCCCCCUCUUCACCUCUUCCUCUUCCCUCCACUUCCUGAACCCUACACCCACCUCUCACCUGACCACCCCCACCUUGCCAUUCUCAUCGGCUUGCACUGACUGUGUCGCGUGUGCCCUUUAAGUCUGUGCAGAAGAGUGACAUGCAGAGCAUCCAAUCACAUUGUGCCCCUAACUCAUGGGUGGGAAGGACCAUUUGGGGUCCACCAAUCUGCUCCGUCGAAGGCCGUAGCCUGUCCUUCUGUCCAUCUUUGGGGUUUUAUAUCAGUUUUUUUUUGGUUUUACCUCAGAGUAGCCUAGAACUGAAACGCAACAUGUUUAUCCUUCUGUACUAGCUUAUACUCUGCAUACGCUAACUGGCACAGAACUUUAAGAAUAUACCCAUGUGUACAUUAAUAUUGUAUGUACAUACAUGUAACUGCCAAAAUAAAGAAGACACUUAAUUAAGUGAGGGAUACAAAGUAUAUUGAAAGCAYGUGCUUCCACACAGAUGUGGUUCCUGAGCUAAUUAAGCAAUUAACAUCCCGUCAUGUAUACAAAUACCCAGUUGCCCAUUAUUUUGGCUACCAUGGUUAGAAGAAGAGGCCUCAAAGGAGCUUAUGGGAGAUUCUUGAGCUGCGCCUGAGACAGCAUUUUCCACCGCCAUCAACAAAACACCAAAUUAUGGAYUUUCUCGUGGAAGAAUGCUGUCGCAUCCCUCCAAUAGAGUUCAAGACACUUGUCGAWUCUAUGCCAAGUCACAUUUUAAGCUGUCGUGGCAGCUGGUGGUGGCCCAACGCCCUAUUUAUGACACUUUAUGUUGGUGUUUCCUUUAUUUUGGCAGUUACCUGUAUAUAUGCUUUAUAGGCUCAACACAGCUCCAAGCUGAUUUGGAUGAUCAGAUGUACAUGGCCCAUGUGAUUAACAGCUUUCAGCUACAAAGUUUCUCUUCUCUAUUUCUCAAUCUGUGUUUUAAUUGUACAGCAUGUAUGCAUUUGAUCUGUUUUGAAGCAGGAUGUACUAAUGGGUUAUUCAGUUCAAUGCAGGAAACCAUGUCUUCAUUAAUUCUGAUACACUACAGCUUUUCAAUGAUUUAGGUUCAAUCAUCUAAACAACUCCAUUUGACAUGAUUCCAUUAUGAUUUAUCCUGUUUUUGUUGAAGGACAGUGUAAAGAAUGCMAUGAUAUUUUAACAGAAAAAUGAAUUCUCUUAAAACAACAUUUUCAAAGUAAAGCUUGCAGCAGGCUAGAGCCAGAGGGCACCACCUCUCUGUGGAGUAGGGUCAUAGCAAGACGAUGUGGAGGUAAAAAAAGGGGAAGGGGCAUCGCCCUCAUCCGAUGACCUCAUCCUUAUCUCAUCCAAUCAGAGUUCUGGUUUUCCCUAGCCCCUUGAAAGUAAGUUGACAGCUUACGAAACUGCCUCAAUAUGGAGUAAGAUUAAGAACGUCAGAGUGAAGUGAAUGAUAUUUCACCCCCAUCUCUCGUAUGCAUGACGUAUWUUAUCCAUGUUUCAUCUGUGUUGAGUAGAAUGGGAAUUUAGAGAUGGGUUAUGUGAAACAUUAUUUGGGGUGGGGUUAGGACGUACGUAUUCCUGUGGACAGAAAUGGGUCAUUGUUUUUGCUUUAGUCUGUAUCAACAAAAAAAAUCCACAAAAAAAAUUAAAGUCCACACAAAUACAUUCUCUGUAACUUAACAAGACAAAUCUAMUCCUCGUUUUACACUGUUGACAAAGGGGCGUUGGGCUUGUUCCUGUUAGCUCCGGUGUGAGUGUGUUAUGUUGUUAUCGAGCAUCACUGUGUUGGCAGCAGAGUGACACAGGGGACUAUCGAUCUCUCCCAUCAUGCCUCUGGGAGAGCCAACCGUGAGCGGCCCAGAUAUAAAUCCAAUAUCACCCCCUCCCUCCUCACCCCGCCCUGCUCCCUCACACCCUCCCUCCUCCGGGCUGCUAGGAUAGGGACACGGCACAUCCCCACAUGUCCUCUAGGGUCAACCAACCACAGAUAAUGGCGUAACAAUAAGAGGAAUACUCUAACAAGAAGAAGAAGAAAAAAAUACUCAACCAGAGAUGUGUAUGAGAGCUCCUGUAUUCAGUAGUGUAUGUUGUUGUCAGAGGUGUCAUGCCCGUAGGGGGCACAGGGGCACGUGCUCCCUCAGAUUUGUCAUUUUUAAAAUAUCUUUUUUGGGGGUCUUUURUUUUCUCUGUAAUACUACUAGGCACCUAGCAGUUUUAUAUAACUAGCUACCAAGAAACCAUUUCAGGCUAUCAAUACAGUUCGAGUAGCUAGCUUGUCAUCUUCUUAGCUGUCAAGGUUGGUAGACUUCAGAAAAGCAAGCAAUAACUAAAUGUACUGAAUAAGACUCACAUUCCUUUCAAUAUUUUACCAGAGAUGCAGAGAAGUAUAUUUAGUUUCUUUAAUAAAAAUAAGAACCACCAGUCAGGUGGAUACAGACAGCUUAAUUGGUAUGCUUAGAUAUUCAGAUUUUUUUUAUUUUUAAUUACAUAGAAUUAAGCAUAAUGAUUAUGGCUCUAGAUUACAGGGAAAAAGCUGCUUCAGAUGUUUGAAAAAUGCUAAAUUCUCCAAUUUACGGUCGGGGGGCUUACCACCCCUCCGGACCACCCCCCAGCCAUCCUCACGUACUUUGUGCCCCCUAAGAUUUUUGGGGUGCAUGAUUCCCCUGGUCAUUGUUGUAUAUGAUGGUAGAGAGAGUGUAAACUUGGGCUGACCCCCUUUCCCGCCUCCGGCCACCAACUCUGUGACAGAGAUUGUGCCGCCCUCGACAGGACGUGUGCUAUCGAUUACCAGUAAUGUACUACUGCCAUAUUUUCAACCUUAUUUUCAUAUCUAGGUUGCUUACUUCGAUAGAACCCUCUGGUGAUACGCCUUUUCUACUUACUCAGAGCCAUAUUUUCUAGGUUGUCGUUGUUGUUUUGUAUCCCAUCGUUAUUGAGGUUUCCUUUCUAUUCCCCCUGACCAAAAAAAAACACAAAGACAAAACAAUGUGUCACUGCCGAUACAGUAUAUAAGUCAUGGACCACUACGAUGUUUACAGAACAUAGUCAGCCUGACGCAGUAAGCCUGCUCGCGCUGCACUUCACUCAACCGGCUAGUCUCCUUCAUUCCCUUGCUUUCGUGAGUCUUAGUACAUAGUUAUGGGGAAGCUUUCUUGCAUGAUUUUCCUAGAAACUCAAUGUUUUGUUCAUUUUUUACAAUUCUUCUUCUGUAUUUUUAUAUUAAGUACUUUUUGGAAAUAUAUAAAUAUGUAUAGGCUGAAGAGUUUUGAUGACAGUACAGACCAUGAAUAAGAUCAAUCGACAGUGUAACAUGUUUUUGCCGUUCUAUAUACAGUAUAUUUAUGCCACAUUUGUAAACCAUGCUUGGUCGUCUGAUGCUGGGGCUAACUAAAUUAAAAUAAACUGUUUACUCACUGUAGGUCAUGUGAUUGGACAUACUCUUUCAGCAAUCUAGUCUUACCGCCCCUUUCCCCUUCACUAUAUACAGUCUUAAAGAGAUAGUAUCUUAAAUUCUGCUAUUUCUUUCAAUAGCUUAAAGGGAUAGUUCUGGAUUUUGGCAAUGAGAACCUUUAUCUACAGUACUUCCCCAGAGUCCGAUGAACUCGUGGACACCGGUUUUUAUGUAUCUGCCUCCAGUAUGAAGGAAAUUAGAGGUAGUUUCGGGAGCUAAUGCUAAAGCAAUUGUGCUAACACUAGUUAGCAACUUCCUUCAAACUGCACYCAGAUACAUAAAAAUGGUAUCCACGAGUUCAUCUGACUCUGGGGAAGUAAAUAAAGGGCCUCAUUGUCAAAAUCCCGAACUAUCCCUUUAAAUCAAAUGUGGUCCAAUAAAAGUGAGUGAAGUGGUAGUAUACAGAACAUUGAAGAUAUGCUAAAUUAAUUGGGGGUAUAUAUAUWUWUUUUUUAAUCUCUAUAUAAAUAUAUUUGUUAAUUUUUUUCUGUUCUUUCAGACUAAUAUGACUGCGAGUUUAACUUAUUUUGUGAGAGGAUCGGUGCUCUCAGAUGCCGUUAGUCGACUUGUCAAAGAGGGCAUGAAUUUCAUCCAAAUUCAGCAUUACCCUUUUAAUUCUAAUGGCUUAGUACACUGUUUAUGGGAAGAGAGUAGAGCUGUUAAACCGGUAGUGACGUCACUUCCUCUUCCUGUUUUUGUCCAUAAACAGAAACUAGAUGCCUUCGAUGUGGUGUCCGUUCGACCAUUAGACAGUCUCAUUUUGGGGACACAUUUUCAAUUGGAAUCCUUUCUUUUCUUCUGACGUACUCUAUWUGGAAGACUGCACUUAUACAUUCAAUAUGUGUAAAUAUUGUCAUAGGAUGAUUUUGAACUUAACUUUCAACUCUAGGUAAUGAAAAGGGGGCAAUCAGUCAGGGAUCACCGAGCAUAGCUUUAAGAAUGUUCUGCCAAAGUCUUGCUUUGUACAAUCAUUGGUUUUUUGUCCUUUUUAUUUUUGCAUUGCAUUGUUUUAAACGAUUAUUGUCAGGUGAAGGUGUUUUCCUUAUUUUCCAUCUUCCCAAAAUAGCAAAUGUUUUUGCAUGUAAACGUGGACAGAGAAUACAAAGAGCUUGAAGCGUCACUAAGAUUGUCCCUCUUCUAUUGCCAUGGCCUUGGUUCUGCUGUUGUGAUCUCUUACUGCUUGCCCUCCCAUUCCAUCCCACAGGUGAACAUAUACUCCAUCCUCUAGAAACGCCCCAAUGUUUUUGUUUGUUUGUUGUUGUUUUUUACCUUGGCACAACUGUACAACAGAAGAAGACCAACAGGUCUGUAUGUCUGAGGUGGAGGGAGAACUAAAGAACGGCUAGACCGACCUGAUAAAGCCUAUGUUUGGUUUCUCUGAUGGAUAAGCCCACCGUGGCUUCUGACCAAUCUGUAAGACCUGUUCCUCUUAUUGCACAGGUUUCAAUAAUGACUCAUGUAUGACAAAAUGAAAUUGCUAAGGCAUUGUGCAAUAACUGUUAACUGUAAUGGACUGCAUUGCUUCUCUAAAGCUUAUCUUUCUUAGAUAGCUUUUUUUUCUUUCGAUUUGGGGGAUUURUUUGGGGAAGCUUCUCCGCAGUUGUAAAUAA